UCGCCCAUUUACACUUCGCCAUCCUCCCCCACCACUCCCCCACCUGCUGUUCCCUCACCCUACACCACAACCUCACCCUGCACCACCACCAACACCACCACUACCACUACCACCACCACCGUCACCACCGCCACUACCACAACCACCACCACAACCGCCACCACCACUACCACCAUCACCGCCACCACCACCAUCUCCACCUCCACCUCCGGCACCUCCACGCCUUCCACUUCUGCCAAAACUGAAGGUCUUCCAGCCCCGCCCGCCCCCUCACCCCCCAGCAGGAUCCCGAGGGAGUCCCGGCCGCGGCGAGAGGGGGAUGGGCGCGAGGGACCGGAGGGGGCGCUGUGCCCCCGGGAGGCGCUACUGUCGCGGUGGAUCGAGGCGCGCGCCGCUGCGGGCCAGACAGGCGCGGGGCGCCCCAGGACCCUGCUGGCGCCGCGCCUUAAGCCCUCGCCCUUCACCAACCUGAUGGCGGCGCAGCAGCUGCUCCGCGGCCACCGCGACGCCGAGGCACCGGGACAAGGUCGCAGCGGGCCCAUGGGGGACACCAAGGGUAGCAGCGCGGCGCCCUCCGGCAGCAGGGAACCGGCGGGGCCUGCAGGUCGGGCAAGGAAGGAAGAGGACGAGGAUGACGAAGAAGAGGACGAGGAGGCGGAGGCGGAGGAGCCGCAGGACCUGUCCAAGAAGGGGCGCGGCUGCAGCGACGACGGCUCAGACCUGUCAGACGACGCCGCCAAGACCGUGGCGUCCAACGACUGCUUCGCCGACGACGACGAUGAUGAUGACGACGACGACGACGACACGAGCAACGAGAUGCGUAUCGUGGAGGACGAGGGCGAGCUGCGCGAGCUGGACCUGUCCAUGCCCCGCCGCCCAGACACCCGCCCACCGCCCACCCGGCACCCGAGGGCACGCGAGCCCCGCACGCCGCGUCCCUCCCUGGACGACCAGCGCGCCGCCGCCGCAUGUCUGCUGCAGCUCAAGUCCUCCUCCACGCCGCCCGCGCCCUAUGUGCUCAAGGUGCUGCCGCCCGAGCCCGCCCACCAAGAACCUGGCCCGGCCCCCGCCCCGCCACCCAGGCCGCCCCCACCCACCAGAGCCCCGCCCCCAGAGCCACCCCAGCCCGUCAUGCCCUCCCUCGCCAUGGAGAGCAGCAAAUGUCCCACUCCAGGAUGUAACGGCACGGGGCACGCCACUGGUCUCUACUCCCACCACCGCUCCCUCUCAGGCUGCCCCAGGAAGGACAAAGUCACACCGGAAAUCCUCGCGGCGCACGAGACCAUCGUCAAGUGCCCGACGCCCGGGUGUUCGGGCCGCGGCCACGUCAACCAGUCCCGGCACUGCCACCGCUCGCUGUCCGGGUGUCCCCUGGCCGCCGCGUCCAAGCAGGCAGCGCGCCACGCCCGCCAACGCAUGGCCCUGCUGCAGCAGCCCCACGUGCCGCUCCAGCAGACAGCAGCAGCAGCAGCAGCAGCAGCCGCCACGUCAGACCGUCUCCUGAGGCCCGUGUGUUUCGUGAAGCAGCUGGACUUCCCCCAGGCGCCGCUUCCCCUGCUGCCCGCCGCUCCCCUGCCAGCCGCUCCCACAUCCACCCAGGCCCCUCUAUCCUCCACCGCACCCCACCACCCCUCCGCCCACCGGCCCUCCUCCUCCACCACUAGCGACGCCCCCCAGCCGCCGCCGCCCCCGCCACCGCCGCCGCCGCCGACGCCCGUGGUGGUGAAGACCGAGGCCAGCGUCACGUCCUCUACGCUCGCCGCCACCGCCGCCGCCGCCGCUUCGCCGCAGGGCUUCGCGUCCCUGUGCUCGCCCGUGCCCGAGGACGACGCCGAGACCUCCCCUCGGGGUUCACCGCGCCCCCUGGCUGAUUCCACAUCCCUCUCCUCCUUCGCCCCGGACUUCUGCCCUGCCUCCGCUGCGGGGACCUCCUCUUCCUCCUCCUCCUCCUCCACCUCGUCCUCGUCAUCGUCCGCCGCCGCCGCCGUGAGCAGCUCGGUGGCGGAGUCGCGCGCCGCUGACAGCCGCCGACUGAUGGAGACGUCCUCGGUGCAGCCGCCCGCCCCCCGAGACCCGCCCAAGGCCUGCAUGGAGGAGGUGGGCGGCGGCGGCCGACUGGCUCUCACUCCCACCAACAACAACAACACUACCACCGCCAACAACAACAACAACAACAGUAACAGCAACAACAACAACACCAGCAGCACUAUCACCACCAGCGCCAACACCAACACCAGCGGCGGCCCCACCGGCAGCCUGUCUGCCGCUGCCACCACCACUGCUAGCGGCACCGCCAGUGCUGCUGCCAACAGCGGCGCCGGGCGCGGCCUCAGCCCACAGAAGGGCCUGGGAGGACUGGAGCCAGUGGGUGUGAAGGGCGGCGAGGGCGGCGGGCUGGGGUGCUUCGGGUACCGCGGCGAGGAAGAGGCGGGACUGAUCCGGCCGGCGCCCAUUACUGAGGUGCGGGCCAGCGAGGCGCGCUUUGAUCUGCCUCACUCCUACACCACGCUGGACCUGGACCGUCAGGCCGCCGUGCCCGUGUCCCAGCCACACCUGCCCCCAGCGCCCCCCGCCCCCGCCACCUUCGAGGCCGCCACUGUCACGGCGGGCGGCGGCUCCCUUGGUGGGGGCGCUCUCUCCACCAUGACGCCCACGCCCGGCCCUGUGGUGGGGGGCGCCGGCCCCUUGUUACCCCCACACGGCCCCUUCGACAGCCUGAAGCCGCCGGUGUCCUCGGAGUACCCCGUCACCACCGCACACAACACCUUCUUUAUGAACAAGGCGGCGUGCGGCGCUGAGGUGAAAGUGAACGAAGCCACGCCCUGCUCCGCCGCCUGCAUGCCACCCGCACCGCCGCCAAACUCCAUGUACCAGAGCCCCGGAUACCGGUACGACAGCUCUGCCAUCAACCUGAGCGUGAAGACCCCCGCCCUGGGCCCCAACCCCAUGUCCCCUGCCAGCGUGAUGGACCUCUCGGGCCCCAUGGGUGCCGGCGGCCCCAUGGUCACCUCCCCACACUACCCCGGCCCCGGCGUGUCCCCCUGCUACAGUGGACCACAGCUGGUGUCCCCUGGCAGCUCCCACGACUCUCAGCACACCAGCCAGACCCUCGACCUCUCGCUGGCCAGGCCCCCGGGCUCCCUCAGCGGCCCCACCAGCCCCGAGUACAGCCCCCCGUCACGCCUGGGGUCUGGGUACCCCGGGGGCGGCGCGCCCUACCAACAGCCAGCCAUCGACGAACAAACAGAACCUGUGGAUUUCUCAGCGCCAACUGAGCCUGUUAAUUUCAGUCUCGCCCGCCCACUCGACUACGGCGUGACUCCUGACUACUCCCGCGCCCCCACCGCCCCCGCCUGCACGCCCCACGACAACGGGUACGCCACCGCGCCGGACAGGACCCACGACUUCAGGAACAUGAAUGGAUACAACACCAUGACAACUCGGCCCUAUGACGUCACCACCGCCUACAACCCUGGCUACAUGGGCUACCAAGGCUACCAGGGGGGCUACAUGGGAGCUGGGGGCUACGGGUCUACCAUGAGCGGGGACUACAUGACCAGCUCAGCCUGCACCACGCCCUAUCAGCUGUCUCCGUCACGCUCACAGGCCCCGCCCACGCCCAUGCCGGACAGCAGCGGGGUCCGUGCUUACUCCCGCAGCAGUAGCAGAAGGGACGGCAAGGAGCUGAUUCAGUGCCCCACGCCAGGCUGUGACGGGAUGGGGCACGUCACAGGGAACUACGCCACACAUCGGAGUCCCGCUCCAAAAGCCCCUCACCUGGCCAAGUCUCUCCUCGCCCCACCACGCAGCCUGUCCGGGUGUCCCCGCGCCGACCGCUCCCAAAUCCAGCACCAGACGCAGGAACUCAAGUGCCCCACGCCAGGAUGCGACGGCUCGGGGCACGUCACCGGCAACUACUCGUCCCACCGCUCGCUGUCUGGCUGCCCCCGCGCCAACAAGCCCAAGCACAAGCCCAAGGACACACAGGACUCCGAGCCGCUGCGCUGUCCAGUCCCUGGAUGUGAUGGGUCGGGGCACUCCACGGGCAAGUUUCUCAGUCACAGGAGUGCCUCCGGGUGUCCCAUCGCCAACCGCAACAAGAUGCGCUCCCUUGAGGGGGGCGGGGGGGCGGGGCUGGGGAUGGGCGUCACCAUGGGGGUCUCCACUGGUCUCGCGGCCAUGGGGGAACCUCGACCUCCUCUCCUGGCGGCGUCCUACUCCACGGGCGGCCCCACUGGCCCACCCACGGCUGCCCACUCCCUCUUCGCCCGCCCACUCCUCCACCCCCUCCAGCCCCCCCCAGCCAAGAAGCUCAGGAUGGAUGACUCGUCCCUGGCCUUCAAGACAGAAGGCGAGGACCCCACUGGCUUGGCCUCAGAGAUAUCGGAACUGCAGAAAGAGAACGGUUCUAUGGAAUCUCACGUGACCAAAUUGCGCCAUGACGUCUCUUCUAUGGAGGCGGCGCUCAAAGUGGAACAGAAGGAGGCGGCUGGCGCUGGUGAGCGCGGCGCGCAGCUGACUGAGUACUACGAGUCGCUGCGCAACAACGUGAUGUCGCUGCUGGAGCACGUGAAGCUGCCCGGCGGCGGCGGCGCGGCGCCCCCCAACGAGCGGCUGAGCCACGACAACUUCGACUCGUACCUCUCCAAGAUCCACUCCUUGUGUGCCGACAACUACUGCGACGACAACCGCCCGCUCUACGACAGCGUGCGCUCCGCCCUGCACGACUUCACGGUGCCGCCCACGCCCAUCUGACAUGACUAGGGGUACGCCGGGGCGGGGUCGGCGCCCCCAGCCGUGGCGGCGGCGGCGGCGGCUACCGUCCCGCCUACCCACUCCUACUUCCCGACCUCCUUCACCACGCCCUUCUUCGGCGUGCCGCCCGUUAGCACCAGCAUGGCCAACAGCAUGGCCAUGGCCGGCAUGGGUGGCGGGGCCAUGGCCGGCAGCGGCGGCGGCGGCGCAGGCGGAGCCGCCCCCGGCGGCCACGGGUACGUGAACCCCAGCAACAACGCGGCGCUGGGCAGCAGCAGGUGACGGGCGCCGCCCCGCUCCGCCCCGCCCCGCCCCGCCCCCACCACGAGCUUUAACCUCUGCGAUGACUGUACAUAGUGACCCGCCCCAUGACAGGCCCCAGGCCGGGACGGGGCGCGGCAAGGCGUAGUGUAGCAGCUUCCCCGUGUCUCUGCUCCGUGUUUCCCGAGGCCCCGCCCCGCCCCGCCUCGCCCCGCCCCGGCCGCCGUCCGGGCCCCGCAGGCCUCGCCGCGGCGCCCUGGACGUAAAUCCCUCGGUGUGUUACUGUUUUAUAUAUACUGUAUUGACAUCAUAGAUUUUUAGGCUAAACCUUCAAGGUAGUGUGGGAGUGUGCGUGUGUCUGUACGUACGUACGUACGUGGCGGCGCGCACAUGUGGCGCAUGGCGCAUGAAGCAUGUGGCGCGUGUGGCGGCGAGGCGCGGCGGCCAGCUGCUGCCGGACAAUCAAAAGUAUACACACACACACACAUACACACACAGCCAUGGUGGCCCCAGGACGCCACGCUCUCCACAUCCCUCCCUUCCAUCAGCCGCCGCCACCCUGCCGGCAGCAACGCCCGCGCCCCGCCGCUACAGAGCAGGCCAGGCGGCGCCCGCCUGCCUCCCUGCCGUGUUUUGGCCCACCCCUCCCCUCCUAGCGACAGGGCACAGGUGGCGGGGGCGCGGCCUCUCCUCGUUGUAUUUUUGUAGUGGGUCACCAAGUGACAGUUUUGGUAAUGGCGGCGCGGCGCCGCUCAACACUGACGGGACUCAGGCAUGGAGGGUCCCCGAGCCGGGCCGCGGGGAGCCUCGCUGCCGCCACCGCCGCCACCGUGAGCUGGGCUGCCUGGCGCGGCACGGCGUGGCGGCGCGGCCAGCACAGGGGCGGGGCGCACCAGUGGUGGUGGCAGGUGGCGAUGAGCCGGACAGUGGGCGGAAGACGCCACACACCGUAGUAGUGCUGUAGGGUGCGCCCCACAACCCCACGCCCCACCAGGAGUGCGGCGCCGCUGGCAUCGUGACUGUGCACGCGUCCGGCCGCCACCGCCGUCACCGCCGCCAGCAGCAGCAGCAGCAGCAGCAGACUGUUUCUACCGGUUACUUUCGACGUUAUCAUGUCCUGUUGUGUUCCUUAGGGUGUCAAGCGUUAUAUUCCCCCUGCCCCUCCACCCCACACCCGACAGCCCCAGCCCCAGCCCCCUCCUGAGCCUCCCCAGCCCCCUCCUCCCCCUCCCAUUGUUGUGUUGUCACUGGGUCAACGCGGGGGGGGCGGGGCUGCCAGGCGUGCUCCGCCUCCCCCUAUUUUUUGUAUAAAUGUUCCUUAUCACUCUGUGUAUUAAACUGUCAUUUUGAAACUAA